UUAUGGGCUCGGACGCAGCAAGGGAUCUUAUCAAUCUCAGUGCGUGUAGAUAUGCCUAUGGUUAGCCCAUCGAACCGUUCAUUUUCCCCGGAGACUGCUCAUUAUCCAUCGUUUACGCAGUGGCUGGUCUCACGAUAUCACUGUGGGACAUGUGCGUUACCAUGGACUCUGAGAUAGCGUGUGUAUGGUCACGGAAGUGGUCGCUAGGGAAAGCGUUAUUCCUUGUGAAUCGCUAUAUACCCCCAUUGACUAUUGCUCUGGAUUUUUAUUACGCUGCGAACCGUAUGCCUAAUAAUGCCGAGGUACUCUCCUUCGUGCUAUCGAACGUUAUCAGCAUACUUAUUGUCGCUGUUACCCAAGUGAUUCUCGCGCUCCGCACUUACGCUUUAUACCUAACCGAUUUCUGGUUAUACUUCUUGGGAUGUCUCAUUGUUCUCCCCACAUUUACAGCUCUUUUCUUGAUGCUUUGGGUCUACGGCAAAUAUAUCGUAGUGGAUUACGACGCGUAUUCGCAAUGGGUCGGUUGUAUGUAUAUGCAAUGCGAUUCGCCUGUAUGCACGAAAACUUGGGUAUUUCUCGACUGUUAUUUCAUUGGCUUUGAUACGGUUAUUUUUCUUCUUACACUCUGGAAGUAUCGCACGUCAUAUAGUGAAAAGCUUCCUACACGCGACGCCGAUCUCGGUAGAGUUCUGGCGGAUUACGAGUCAUCCUUCUUGAGGGUGCUAUUUCAGGAUGGUUUUUUGUUCUAUGCAGUGAUAUUACCUUCGUUACUAGCCAUGUUUGCACUUGCGCUAGGUAACAUACUUGUUGUGAUUCUUGGACCAAAUAGUCUCACUGCCCUUUUUGUUGGCCCGAUCCAUGCCCUUCGGUCUACGCUUUGUUCCAGACUGUUUCUGCAUCUCAGAGGACAUCAAAAACCCCGUCCAGUAACGUCGUUACAGGGUUCUUCGAUGAUACGUACAAUGUCCAUGGAGCUCAUGACCAUUUCGCGUAAAACCGGUGUCCGCUUAAUACGGCCGAAAUAGACUGCUGAAUUCUGUGAUGGCCGUUCAAAUACGAGAGUAGCCGCUAUCAAGGGGACAGGGCGGUAUCAGAUAUGAGACUCGCAUCGACGGGGAUGUCGGAUGCAUCUGUGAGCGCGUACCUUUUCUUCGAAUAAAACGAGAGCAACUGUCCAAACGCCGACUCACGUUUGCGACUUUACGAGCAGCUCAAGCGGCAAAUCCAUGACUUUAUACACGAAUCUGAAAUACAUAGAAAGCGGGUUUGUCAGUACGAAG